AUGAUAAUUAAACAUCAAUCGGAAAUUUAUCCAGGUUAUAUAGCUGUUCUUCGUAUUCAUGCUGCUGUUACUCGAGUUUAUUUAAAAGAAUUAAUAAAAUUAAUUGAUCCUAAAACAGGUCAAACAACUCGAAAAAAACCAAAAUUUAUAAAACAAGAUCAAGUUGCAAUUGUAAGAUUUGAAUUAUCACAAUCAGAACAAGUUAUUGGUAUGGAACAAUUUAGACAUUUUCCUCGACUUGGUCGAUUUGCAUUACUUAAUAAAAAUGGACCUGUUGCUUUUGGAAAAGUUCCCCAGGGUGAUCCAAAAUUUUAG